AUGAAGUCUUUCUUCAUCCUUACAGCCUUCACCUCUAGCGCCCUCGCCUCUGCGAUCCAACUUCCCAACCACCUUAUGGACCGCGAUAUCGAUCCAGCGACUAUGAAUCCAACACUGUUCUCUGUACUAUCAGUGCUGAAAACUGGUAUGCCCACGGGCCCCAACGUCCCCAUGCCAACUGGCAAUUCAGAGCCAGAUUGGUACCAGAGGCUGCCGGAAGAUGUCAAAAGCCUGUUGCCGUCGUUCUAUCCUGUUGCGCCUACUGCUCAGGCUGUGGUUGCGGCUGCAACGAGUGAGGUGCAGGCGAGCCAGGUUGUGAGCCAGGUGGUGUCGUCGGUGCUUCAGAGUAGUGUUGCAGUGUCGAGCAUUGAGACUACAGUGGUGAGUGCUUCUUCAUCUGCCUCAUCUGCUCUAUCGUCAUCUGCGUCUGCGGCUUCGUCUUCUUUGUCUUCCACCGUCGAGUCUUUGUCUUCUACUGUCGACGCACUGUCUUCCACGACAUUGACAUCGCAGAACACAUUUACUAAGACGUCGCAGUCCGCGUCCAUGGCCACCAACACACAAUCACCUUCAUCUUCCGCACAGUCUUCAGAAAGCGCAUCACAAACACCAUCUUCUAUGGUCCUGGCUAGUGCUUCAGCCACGCCAUCGAGUUCCCUUUCUACCGGCACUAGAUCCGUAGCCAGGACAGAGGCACUAGCUAUAAUCGCUUUCUUCAGUGUUGGAGCUGGGUUCUGUAUCUUCGCAUAG